AUGAUUGCUCGUGCCGCCUUCCGAUCCGCUCUCCGAGCCACCAGGGCCCCCGCCCCCCUGUCGCAGAUCGGCGCCCGCCGUGGCUACGCCGAGGCCGUCAGCGACAAGCUCAAGCUCUCCUUCAUCCUUCCUCACGAGGCCAUUUACAACUCGUCCGAGGUCACCCAAGUGAACAUUGCCUCGUCUACAGGAGACAUGGGUAUCCUCGCCUCGCACGUUCCCGCUGUGGAGGAGCUGCGACCUGGUGUGCUCGAAGUCGUCGAGUCGUCCGGUACCAAGAAGUGGUUCGUCUCCGGUGGCUUUGCCACUGUCCACCCCAACAACAAGCUCGUCGUCAACGCCAUUGAGGCGUACCCGCUGGAAGAGUUCUCUGCCGAGGCAGUGCGUUCGGCGCUCAGCGAGGCCCAGCGCGUCGCCAGCAGUGGCAGCAGCGCAGAGGCCAAGGCCGAGGCCGAGAUUGAGAUCGAGGUCUACACCGCUCUUCAGGCUGCUCUUGGCCGAUCUUAA